CGAGCUCGUUAGAGACUCCGAAGCCUCAGCGCAUCUCGAGCUCCCGAUUGUGCUUCAAGCUCCGCUCCCAUCGUCGCUCAUGCAGGAGAAAACUUGACUGUUGGGCAAGCACAAAACAACUCGGUCUGUUACCUUCCCCCAAUCCGACUGAGCUUCACACUCUCUGAAAACUACCCACUCGACGCGCCUCCCACCGUCAGUCUUAAAGCCCAAGGCUCCUGGCUCCCCGAAGACAUCGCUGAACAUCAAGAGGCAGUUUUAGCAUCCAUGUGGGAAGAGUACGGCCACAACCAGAUGCUCUUCGCCUCCAUUUCCCACGUGCAAGACGCCGCAGAGUCGGCGUUCGGCCUGGACUAUCUAGAAGUGUCUGAAGAAUGCAAGCGUUAACUGCUCGACUACGACAGGAAGACCAAGCGCGAGGCGUUCAAGAAGACCUCCCACGAGUGCGGAAUCUGCCUGGCUCCUAGGCCUGGUCCUAACUGCUACUGCAUGGAGCGCUGCGGGCACAUCUUUUGCGUUAAGUGUUUGCAGGAUUUCUACAACAGUGCGAUUAAGGAAGGUAAUGUGUACGCUAUCGUGUGUCUGGAUUUGGACUGCGGAAUAGAAACAAUCGGCGCUGAACGAAGGAGGAGGAAGAAGAAGCGCCUGCUCGCUCCGCGCGAACUCCUUCAAAUACCUCUUCCGCGCGACACGGUGCAGAGAUAUGUCGAUCUGAAGCGGAAGAAGCGCUUAGAAUUAGACAAAUCGACGGUCUGGUACCCGAGGAAAUAGUGCCAGGGUGCUGCCAAGGGGAA